AUGACAAAACAAACUACAUAUAAAAAUCCGAGCACUUCCACAGCAGUUCCUGGUAAUAGAGUAAUCUCUUCAAGCGAAGAAAUACGUAGCCUCGACGAAGUGCAAGUCAGUAUUAAAAACAGUCACGGCACUCGCGCAAAUAGAUCACAUCAACCUCCUCUAUGCGCAGCAAUAAUUAAUAGACCACAUGUCGGCAUGGGCAUGCCUCAAGACAGGCUAUUUCAGCCAAUGGCACCGACAUUGCUACCCCCGCCAAAAGAAUGUUGCGCAUCUUGUUCUGAAGCUUGCCGCAGCAGGUGUUGUGAUUGUUGCAUGCGAAGGCCCUGCAUCAUAGCCACGAGUGUGAUGAGCGGUUUUUUAAUUGUCACUAUCAUCAUUAUUUCGGUCGUGCUCACUACGCUGAACGGUUCACGAAGCAGUAGUAGUACUAGUGGUAGUGGUAGUACUGGCAACAGCUCUGGUGGCGGUGGAUCAAUCGCAGGUGUCAACCUAUAUGCUAAGAAUUUCAGCAUUUCAACAACUUUAACAGAAAAUCACGCAUACAGUCGAUAUCAAGGUGUCGGAUCCAAUUACUACUAUGAUACUAUUCAAGUUGCUCCUACCAUAAAUGGUACCUACACUUUUAUGACUGCUAGUACCAUUGAUACAUAUGGUUACAUGUACGAAAAUAGUUUCCUUCCAGCAUUUCCAAAUGUAAAUUUGUUAGCUUCCGACGAUUCAAGUGCUGGAAAUGGUCAAUUUGCACUUAUAUUGUUGCUUCAACCUACAGAUAGUUACUACUUGGUGAUAACAACAUAUCUCCCCAAUGUGACUGGAUCAUAUACAUUGUUGGCUUCUGGUCCUCAAUCUUUCGGCAUUGGCUUUAUGAAUUAA